GUUUUAUUUAGCUUACGAAUUUCUUUUUUCCUCUUUUUACGCUAAUUAAUAUGAUUACGAUAAUAUAAUUAAACGGCUGUUCAUGUUUGUCAUUGUAACUUUUAAACAUUAAUGAAAAUAUAUUAAAAAUGGAAUCAAAACAUCAAAAAUAUGAGUUAAAUGAAAACACGGGCGAAGACGAGCUCAUUAGAAAUCUUAAAGUAAUAUCAGAAAAACUUCAAACAACACUUCAGGAAGAAGAAACACAAGAAUUCAUUCCGUUGGCUUUUCAAUUAUCUGAAGAAUAUUUUAUCAGCCAUCCAAGUAAAGAUGUUCAAUUACUUGUUGCCUGCUGUAUUGCAGACAUAUUAAGAAUACAUGCACCUGAAGCUCCAUACAAGGAUCAAGAUCAAAUAAAGACAAUAUUUAUGUUUUUGGUAAGGCAAUUGGAAGGGAUAUCAAAUCCACGACAUAAAUCAUUCAGCCGUUAUUUUUAUCUGAUGGAAAUUCUUGCUUACACGAAAAGUUUUACACUUUGUUUCGAGCUGGAAGAUAAUCAGGAAGUCUUUAUUGCCCUUUUCAAGCUCACAUUUAAAAUUUGCAGCAUCAAUGAACCAAAUCCAAAAGUUAAAAGUUAUAUGCUUGACAUCAUGAGUCCUCUCAUUGCUGAAGCUGAUACUGUUUCAAAUGAAUUACUGGAUGUUAUUUUGAAGCAUAUAAUUGAACCGGAAAAGAGCCAAAACCCAAAUGCAUAUGAAUUAUGUAAACAACUGAUAACAAAAACGAGUGAUUCAUUAUCACUUUAUGUGAAGAACUUCUUAUGCACAGAAUUAGUUCAAACUUAUGAUAGAGCAUAUGAGUCUACGUCAACAAUAAACAAAAUAUUUGAAGUCAUGUAUGAGCUUUAUACAAUCGCUCCGAAUUCCGUCAAAUUAGCAUUGCCAACUUUGGAAGGUAAGUUGCAGUCGAAAGAGGAAAACAAACGAAUGAAAGCACUAGAAAUGCUUAUUAAAAUUAUGUCUGAAGACUUUGCAAGUGAAUUUCCGAUGUUAUGGCAACAGUUCAAACAACGUUUUGCAGAUAUAGCACCGCCUAUUCGUCGUAAAUGUGUUCAAGCAUCAAAAAUGUUUUUAAAUAACGAAAAUAAGUUCAAUACUGAAAUCAUUCAGCAGUUAUGUGCUCGUAAACGAGACUCUGAUGAAAACGUAAGAUUUGAAGUUGUUUCAACAGUCGUUGAUUUGGCGAGAAAAAAUUGGAAGUUUAUUGUUGAAACAGAUUUAAUAGAAAUUUUAAAGGAGCGCGUGAUGGAUACAAAGUUUCUAAUACGCAAAGAAGCGUUACAAGGUUUCUCAAUCAUAUAUAAAUCUCACACGACUGAACUUUUAAGUCAGAACUGUGAAAGUACUGAAGAAACUGAGAGAGAAAAAGCUACAAUUACCAUGAUUAAAAACAAAAUCUUACAUGGCUAUUACAUGAAGACGAUUGAAGAUAAAAUGCUGAUUGAAAGACUAUUAAUAACAUGUUUGAUUCCUUACAAUCUAGACACAAAGAGUAGAAUGAAAGUUUUAUACUAUUUACUUUGCGAUAUCGAUGAGCAUGCUGUUAAGGCAUUCGUUGAACUUCAACGUCAGCAAACCAAAUUGAGAAAGGCUGUUUUUGAGUGGAUAAAAUGUCACAAGAAAGAUGAACCAAAUAAAAUAGAAAUAACAACUCGCGCGUACACGAUUGCCUCAAAUCUACCUGAACAAAAUAAAUCUAAAGAGUUACUAUUAAAAUUCUCUGGACACAUGUUAAAAGAUAAUGAAGUCAUGCAGCUAGUUGAGGCAGUUUUGAACAAGGAUAUUUCUUGCUCCAAGUGCACACAAAAAAUGCAACAAUUGUUAAAGAAAACAGGUAAUGCAUCUCCGUCAAAUUUCUACUUUAACACAAUAAAGAAUUUACUGAAUCGUAUUGCUUCUGUUACUGUUGAUAAAGAAUCAAUAGAGGAAUUCAUUAAAAUUGUUGAAGAAAAGUCCAAUGGAAAGGAAAUAUUUCCAUUAACUAUAUUAAGUCAAGUAUUUGCACCUCAUUUUUAUAACGAAAAAGUUUUAAAUGAAAUGUUAACUUUAUUAAAAAAUGAUAAGAUGGAAAUGGACUAUAAGGAAAAUAUUUUUAAGGCAUUCACAAACUUAAGUGCAUAUAAAUCACUGAAUGAUACAUUUCCACAUCUUUCUAAUGAGCUCAUGGACAUGUGUAAAAAAAUAGCUGUUCAAGGCAAUCCAAAACAAUGUAAGCAAGCAGUUAAAUUCAUGUGUGUCAACGCCCAAGAGAAACACGAUUCAGCUAAUUUUGAAGCAGUUAAGAAUAUUGUUAAUUCAUUAGAAACAUCUAUAAACAUAUCAAAUCCACACUGUAGAACAGCAAUUAUUGCAAUGAGUGUAAUUUGUGAACAUUAUGGCGAAUAUUUUCAAAAAGAAAUCACGAAAGUUAUUGGUCGUAAUAUUGUUCGUGGACUUCUUUUAAAUUCAGUCCUUGAAGAAAAUGAUUCCUCACAAAAUCAUCAAUGGAUUGAAAAAGAUUUAUUACCUGAAAAUAUACGAUGUAUAAUUGCUGCCUGUAAAUCAACUGUAAAUUGGUUAUACGGACUAAAGUGCGAUUUGAUGUCAGCACAAAAAACUUUCAAGAUUUACGAUGCUUUAAUUAUAACAAAUGGAAAUAUUCAGGAAAAGAGUAAAGUUAACAAAUGUGAGUGUUCAUGGAUUAAAUUGAUCGCGGCAAAAUCAGUAUUGAAGAUUUGUGAACAUAAAGUUUUGCAACAAGGAAUUCUUCCGCAACAAUUCCUUAACAUGUCAAAAGUUAUGCUAGAUGAUUCAACACAACUAAGAGACAAUUUCUUGAAGAGACUUCAUAAAGGUUUAAGUAGAUCAUCGUCUGAAAAUUCAUUACCAUUAGAAUUUUUGAGCCUUUAUGUCUUUGGUGGGAUCGAGAAAGAUAUUCAUUUACUAGAUUUAAUGCGGAAAAAUUUCAACAACAUUCUUAACAUGAAGACGAAAAUUUUAAAAGUCAAUGAUAAAGAUAACGACUUGAAAAUAAAUCUUAUUUACCUACCGUUGCAAGCUAUAGCACUUCUUACACAUUCUUCAAUAUUAAAUGAUCCAAAUGACUUAAUAGAAUUAAGGAAAAUUGAAAAAUGCCUGAAAUUCAUAAUCGACCCACUGAUAGAUAGUUUAGAAUCAACGAAUAAUAUAAGCUGCAUUAAAUAUCUGAUAGGAAAAAUCAAACUCAGUAAGAGCAAAAUAGAACCAGAAAACGAAAUGAUAAAUGUUAAAAUGUGGACCAUAACAGAAAUUGCAAAUAAGAUUAUGAAGUAUUCGUCACCUAUUAAUAAAAAUCAAGAUUGUACUUUUGAGGAAGUAGAAUUGCCGGAGAAAUACUAUGAAGUACAAUCAAGUGAAUUUAGAAAUGACAAAAUUUAUCUACCAAAUGAAUUCUUGGAAAAUAAUUUCCAUUCAAACUUCUUGUUCAAUGUAUCAAGAAAAAGAAGCUCAGACGAAGAAUAUAUACAGAACGGAGAUGAAAGCAAAAGGCAAAAGCAAUUUGCUCUGUAGUUAAAGACUUUAACAAUUUAAACUAUCUUUAAAAAUUAUAGUAUAGAAGAAUUCAUUAUAUUUGAAUAAAAUAAACGGU